CUUCGUUUCUUAUUAUAUAAUUAAUCUAUUGUUAAGAAUAGAACGGGACCGUCGAAAUAAGCGUUUAACCGAGGCAAACGAGUUCGUUUAACCAGUGGUUUAGACAAAAUAGGAGAUUUUAAUGGUGAAGAAUGCGGCGCCCACCCACACUCAAAGUGAAUGUCAUUGCCAUUCACAAGAACAUUAUUCGCAUUCUAUCUCCGAUUUAACUUAUGUUUCAGUAGUAAUCUUGCUCUGAACAAUAAACAAACUCCUUUAUUUACCAGUAAUAUGUUUUUUGAGUUAUAUUGGCAUUACAUAGCAACCGUUUUGCUGGGAUAUUUAUUAAGCAGGGGAUUGUACGUUUACCUUAAAUAUGGAAAAAUAAAAAGAAAUGUAAAUUUAAAUGAUAAUUUUAAAACCCCAGAUGAAAUUGCCGAGUAUAACGAAGAAAAUGAUAAUGAAGAUGUAGAAGAAGACUGCAUACCAGCUUUACCGAAAAAUUUAAAACACAUUCCCUUCGUUUAUAACCGAUUAAGUGAAGAAGAAAUGAAAAAUGAAUCAGACAAAUAUUUUCAAUUUAUGAAUAAAAGGCGAUCUGUUAGGAAUUUUAGUUCGGAUCCUGUUCCAAAAGAAGUUCUUUAUAACAUUAUCAAAACAGCCGGUACAGGUCCAAGUGGAGCACACACAGAACCGUGGACGUUUGCUUUAAUUACCUCCUUAAAUAUGAAACAAAAAAUUAAAGAAAUCAUCGAAUCUGAAGAAGAAAUUAAUUAUAAGAAACGCAUGGGUAAAAUAUGGACCACCGAUUUAAAACCAUUCAAAACAAAUUGGGUCAAAGAAUAUUUAACAACAGCGCCGGCGUUGAUUCUUGUUUUUAAACAAAUGUAUAGUUUUAGAGAUGACGGAAAGAAAAAAUUACAUUAUUAUAAUGAACAAAGUGUUGGCAUAGCUACAGGAAUUUUAAUAAGCGCUAUUCAUGUAUCAGGAUUAGUGUCACUUAUAUCAACACCUUUAAAUUGUGGUCCGUCUCUUCGAUCGUUAUUAAAUCGACCUAAUUCGGAAAAAUUAAUUUAUCUUUUACCGGUUGGAUAUCCGGCGGAUGAUUCUACAGUUCCGGAUUUGAAAAGAAAAGAUUUACAAGAUAUUAUGGAAGAAUAUUAAUUUUUUUAUAGUUUGAUUUAUAAUGAAUAAUAGAUUUCUGAAAUCGUUGUUUUA